AUGAGUGGUCGGCAACCGCUGCCGCUACGCUCGCGAGCAGGGGAGCCCGAGGGAGGCUCAACACCAAGACGCUUCCAAACAGUAGCCUCACAUCAGACAUGGAAGGUCUCGUCGCCAAAGGCGCCAACCACGAACCCGGAUGUCGAAACCAGCCUGACCGAUCAACUACGCUCCGUCUUCCGCCUACUCACGAACCCGAUCGUCGUGUGCACGGCGGCUCACAACGGCACGCCCCGGGCCAUGACCAUGUCGUCGUUUACGUCGUUGACGCUCUCCCCGACGCCUCUUGUUUCGUUCAACAUUGCCACGCCGAGCCGGACCCUCGACGCAAUCACCUCCAGCGGAGAGUUUAACAUCCACGUUCUGGCGAGUGACGAAAGCGGCGCGGCGCUCGCUGAUCAUUUCAUCCGGGGUAACACGGACGACGUGUUUGACACCAUUGCCGGGGCGACAUAUACGAUGGACAGAGGAGAGCCCGGAAGGAACUCGGCGCCGCUGCUGAAGGGAGAGGGAGUCUUGAGGGUCCUCCGAUGCAAGCUGUUGCGGGAUGGGGCGACGAGAGGCCUGGUGCGUGUGCGAGACCACGUCAUCGUUGUGGGGGAGGUGGUUGAGAUGAUACCCGGGAACAAGACGAAGGAAUUUGGGUUGGCAUACGCGGAUAGAAGGUAUAGACAGGUUGGGGGCGUCAUUGAGAAUGAGCAUUGA